AUGACGUCGUACGCGGAAGUGGCGGUCGAGGCGCAGGUAUCCCCCGGCCGAGUCGGCCUCUGGACGGGACGAUGGUUUGUGAGAAGUGUGAGAAGAAACUUGGCACAGUCAUUACCCCGGAUACAUGGAAGGAUGGUGCUCGCAAUACCACGGAAAGUGGUGGAAGAAAGCUGAACGAGAAUAAAGCUUUGACUUCAAAAAAGGCAAGGUUCGAUCCAUAUGGAAAGAACAAGUUCUCCACCUGCAGAAUUUGUAAAAGUUCAGUUCACCAGCCUGGCUCUCAUUACUGCCAGGGCUGUGCAUAUAAGAAGGGCAUCUGUGCAAUGUGUGGAAAAAAGGUUUUGGAUACCAAAAACUACAAGCAAACAUCCGUCUAGUAUUGAACGCAUUUGUGUAUUAUUCUGUAUAUACUUUCUGGCUUUCUGUAUUAUUUCCUGCCUCAAAAUGUCAAAAAUAACUGAGAUGCUCCACUUACAAAACAACAUGCUUUAUGACAAUUACAUUUUCUCAGGGUACUUAACUGGUUUGUUCAUUCACUUACUCUGAAGAAGUUGGGAAUAGUAACAGGACAAGUCAUCUGCCUAAAAUUUUCACCUAGAUGCAUUUUUUUUAAACUGGGAGAAAUGGCAAAUUUAGCAAAAAAAAAAAAGCUGUUAAUAGUUCUUUCUAGAUGCACUUUCGCUUAGGUUAUUCAUGUAGUUCUUUUUUAUUUAUAGAAAUUACAAAAGUAAGAAUAGUAUUGAACUUUUGCUUAAAAUUUGCCAUCCAGGUUUACAAAUCUUCCUUAUUCCUUUUACCUGUGUUACCUUUAGAAUCAGCAAUAGUUUGAUUAGUUGUAGCUUUACAGGGUAAAUAUUGGAGUCUGUUAUUGCCGAAUGGUUCUCCAACACACGUUAUAUCAAUUGACUUUGAAAAUUUCUUCUAAAAGCCAGUGGAUAACUUUUUUUUGGAAAAGCUCUUUAAGCAGAAUCAAAUAUUUUACCCUCUUCUGCUCCCCUUCCCUUACAAAAUAAAUAAAGAGUAAAACAAA